GGCGAGCGCUAGGUGUGGAGACGUCGCGGUCGGUGCCUGAGGACGCAGCGGCGGCCCCGGGUCCAGCCGCCGCCCUCGUCUCCCGCCGCGGCCCGCAGCCGGCGGCGCCCCAGCUGCGAGUGCGCUUCCCCGGGGCGCGGGGGUCCCAGGCGGCCAAGACGGCGGGCCGGCCGGGCGCGGAGCGGCGGGCGCUGUGCUGCCGGCUGCGCUGGUGGGGGGCGGCGGGCCCGGGCCCCGGCGCGUGCGGCCGGGAGGCGCUGCGCGGGGCGGGCGCGCGGGCGGCGGCGGCGGCGGCGGCCGGGGCGAUGGCCGAGGGCGGCGGGGGCGCGCGGCGCCGGGCGCCGGCGCUGCUCGAGGCGGCCCGCGCGCGCUACGAGAGCCUGCACAUCUCGGACGACGUGUUCGGCGAGUCGGGCCCCGACAGCGGCGGCAACCCCUUCUACAGCACCUCCGCCGCCUCGCGCUCCUCCUCGGCCGCCUCCUCGGACGACGAGCACGAGCGGCCGCCGGGGCCCCCGCCCUGCGUCCCCGCCGCCCCAUCCGCGCCGGAGCCGGAGGAGGACGAGGCCGGCUCAGGCUGGAGCGCGGCGCUGCGGGACCGGCCGCCCCCGCGCUUCGAGGACACGGGCGGUCCCACCCGGAAGAUGCCCCCCGGUGCCAGCGCCAUCGACUUCUUCCAGCUCUUCGUCCCCGACAACCUGCUGAAGAGCAUGGCGGCGCAGACCAACAUGUACGCCCGCAAGUUCCAGGAGCGCUUCGGCGGCGACGGCGCCUGGGCGGACGUGACGCUGGCCGAGAUGAAGGCCUUCCUGGGCUACAUGAUCUCCACCAGCAUCUCCCACUGCGAGUCCGUGCUCAGCAUCUGGAGCGGCGGCUUCUACAGCAACCGCGGCCUGGCGGGCGUCAUGAGCCAGGCCCGCUUCGAGCGCGUCCUCAAGUACUUCCACGUGGUGGCCUUCCGCUCCGGCCCGGCCGCCCACGGGCUCUACAAGGUGCAGCCCUUCCUCGACGCCCUGCAGAGCGGCUUCGACGCCGCCUUCCGGCCCUCCCAGACCCAGGUGCUACACGAACCCCUGAUUGACGAGGACCCCGUGUUCAUCGCCACGUGCACGGAGCGCGAGCUGCGCAAGAGGAAAAAGCGGAAGUUCAGCCUGUGGGUCCGGCAGUGUUCGUCCACCGGCUUCAUCGUCCAGAUCUACGUGCACCUGAAGGAGGGCGCGGGCCCCGACGGGCUGGACGCGCUGAAGAACAGGCCGCAGCUGCACGGCGCCGUGGCCCGCAGCCUGUGCCGCAACGCGGGCGGCAAGAACUACAUCGUCUUCACGGGGCCCAGCAUCACCAGCCUGGCGCUGUUCGAGGAGUUCGAGAAGCAAGGGAUCUACUGCUGCGGGCUGCUCAGCUCCCGGAAGAGCGACUGCACGGGCCUGCCGCGGUCCAUGCUGGCCAGCCCCGCCACGCCGCCCGCCCGGGGCCAGCACCGCAUCCGCACCAAGGGCAACAUGUCGCUCAUCUGCUGGUACAACAAGGGCCACUUCCGCUUCCUCACCAACGCCUACUCGCCCGUGCAGCAAGGCGUGAUCAUCAAGCGGAGGAGCGGGCAGGUGCCCUGCCCCCUGGCCGUGGAGGCGUUCGCCGCGCACCUCAGCUACAUCUGCAGAUACGACGACAAGUACAGCAAGUACUUCAUCGCUCACAAGCCCAACAAGACGUGGCAGCAGGUGUUCUGGUUCGCCGUCAGCAUCGCCGUCAACAACGCCUACAUCCUCUACAAGCUCUCGGACGCCUACCACACGCACAGGCUCAGCCGCGCGCAGUUCGGAGAGAGACUCGUGCGGGAGCUGCUGGGCCUGGAGGCCGCCUCCCCGACCCCCUGAGGGCCGGGCUCGGGACGGACCAGGUGGGGGGAGCGCCUGCCGUCCACCUGCCCGCCCGCCCCGGGCCGGGGGACGCGGUGCAAGGAGGGGCGCCCGCCCCGACUCCGCACGCCACGUGCCACCCGUGCCACGGCUCAGCACCACGGCCGGGAGGGCUGGUGCCCGCGGUGCCAGGGGCAGGGGGAGCGCGGCACACGGAGCUGGACGUGUGGCCUGGCUCGCCGCCGUGUGGACGUGGCCUCGGCCAGCGGGCGGGCCGUGCGGCUGAGCCGGUCGGUGCGCGGAGGGGGCUCCGCGCUGGGGCUGAGCGAGGCCUCGCGAACGAAGUGUGAUGCUAUUUUUUACUUUUAAAUAUAUCUUCAGGUUAUUUUCUUACUGUUGCUUAAGGUCGUCUGUAACAGGGAACGUCUCCCUUCUUCCCCAUGCCCCCCCGCUUCCUCACCCCCGGCUCCCAGCAGGAUCCCAGGCUCGGGCCCGUGAGGGCAGCUCAGAUGGGGGAACCAGGGACCCCGGCUGCCCGAGAGCCUCUCGCGUGUCAUUGGCGGGACGACUGGUCUUGGCAAACAGGCAGCGUGGCCGGAGCAGACAGACCAUCGCCAGGACGGCCACGGCUGCGCCUCGGUGCCCGUGGGCCCGGGUGUGCCUGUCUCGGUGGCACUUGGACGGGGGUCGACGUCGCACACCCACGGGGGGAGGGCUGCUGGCUGGUCUGUGUGAUCUCCCGAGGGGACACCACGACAGGACAGACUGCGGGCAGCCGGGGCCCAUGGUCCCCAAAACGAGCCACCAGUCCCUUCUGGCGCCACGUGCUCCCCUCCCGCCGACGGACGAGCCCCGCAGUUCACCAUUCUCACCCGUCAGUCACGUGUGCCGGCAGCAUGCCCACCUCCUGCCCCGUGUCCUCGGCUCCCGACGCCCACCUCGCCCC